AUGUUGGAUAUCAUAGAUCAAUUUGUUCAUAUUGAUAAUUUUGAAUUUAUAUAUGAUGAUUUUCCGAAAGAUGAUUAUUUAGAAGUUUUUAUUGAGAAGUUAGAUCUUCAUUGGUUGAAAAAUAAUUCGAAUCGUUUCGGUAUGAAACAUUUUAUAUUUCGACAAGGAGAACAAUAUCAAUAUAUUCAAAUGUCAAUUGGUGGUCCAAAAACUAAAAAAUAUUCCGAAUAUCCAUAUCUGUUGACUGAAUAA